GUAAAACGACGACGAUGAACAAGCUACUCGUGUGUGGAGUAGUGAGCGCAGCUCUUCGUGGCGAAUAUCUGCUGGCUCGCAGCAUUGUUCGUCAGAAGCAACCCGAGUGGAGUGAUAACAAGACCCGUCUCUUUGCGGUUCGUGUCGUCUCGUUCACACAUGCACUCGUCUCUGCACUUGGAUGCAUUUUUAGCCUGCUGACCGACGUGAACUACGUCCGCGAGCCAUAUGACUACCAUAAGGCGAACGCCGAGUACGUGUUCCUCUUCUCGAUGGGCUACUUCAUCUACGAUCUGCUCGACAUGCACAUUCACGGCGAGUUGGAGAGCUCGAAGGAAUAUCUCAUUCAUCAUUCGCUCGUCAUCACCGCCUUCUCGAUCAUUCUGCUCAGCGGUCGCCUGUUCGGACUGGCGAUGAUCGCGUUGCUCGUCGAGAUUCAGACCGUGUUCCUGCACUUGCGGACGAUGGUUCGGUUGCUCUAUGGAUCGAAGCAUAUGCCUGCGUCGAUUGAUGUGCUUAUCAAUGCCAAUAUGAUUUGUUUGUUCUUGUUUAGACACUUGCCAGUGUGCUACUUGCUCUUCUACCUCAUCGCCCAGGACGUCAAAGUUCCAAUCUUGCUUAAGCUCUUCCUGGUCGGCGGGCUCACGUUCCUCGAGUACCAUAAUACUCAUCUUACGAUGGCAAUGGCGAAAUCGGACGGAUUUUUCGGUCACGAACGACAGGCUCUCGACGAGGACAGCUGUGACCCGUUGGGAUCUUUGAAGAAGGAUCAGGAAGUGGAGCAGAAGCAGCAGCAGAAGUCGGAGCGAUCGGAGCGAUCGACGAAGACGACGGCGAAGAAAAUCGAGUGAAAAUUUUGAAUAACGAAUCAACGAACAACACCAGAUCAUCAUCGUCAUAAAAACAUGUCUUCGCGGGGUGCUUCUUCUUACUUUUCCUUUUCUUUUUUUGCUUUUUUUGUCAGAUUUUUAUUUUAAUACUUGUGUCUUCAGAGAAUUGUGUGUGUGUGAGUGAAUUGUAUUGGUAUGAUUGAACAAUGAAUGUCUGGUUU